ACUCCGACAGAGAAACACCUAUCCCCCCCUCUCACCAUGCUCAAUAUAGUGUUAAUUCAUCUGAUAGUUAUUCCAAUUCUUUACUCAACCAGCAAACCUUUUUUUUCCAAUAAUUGGCCACCUCAUCCUGGAGAUACUCCUAGGCCACCUCAUCCUGGAGAUACUCCUAGGCCACCUCAUCCUGGAGAUACUACUACGUCAAUUCAUCCUGGAGAUACUCAUAGGCCACCUCAUCCUCCUGUAGAUACUCCUAGGGAACACCACUAUCCCCUAAACAGCGCCAAUCCUCAAGAUUUUAGAAGCAUCUUCCCGGAAGCCUGGCAUCUUAGUAACAUUAAUAUUCAACAUAAGAAUUCACCAAGGACCAGGGACCCCGCCACCUCCGUAUUGGAGUAUGGAGAAGGCAGGGGUAAGAGCUGGGAUACGGACAGCCACAAACCUAAUAAGUUUUCUCAAUUCUCAAACUCAGAAAACCAAAAUAAAGCAGAGGAAAUAAAUACAAAUGAAGAAAAAGAUGAAAUUCGAAGAGGUGAAGAGGAAGAAUGGCGGCCAGAAAUGGUUGAAAACGAUGUAAAUGAGAUGAUGGAGAAAAGAGGUGAAACUACUGAGAACGGAUUAAAUUUGAUAAAUCCGCAAGAAAAUGAUAAAAUAAUGAUGGAUAUUCUUUAUAAUAUUUACUUCAAACAUCCUCAGCUAAUGACAAGUUUACUGCGUGGAGUUGAGUCUGGUGAAGGUUUAACUUUAUCUGGGUCCCGGAGCAGCAGGAAUUUCAAACCUAUGAGAGAAGCUGAAAACCCAACCCAGCAACAUCUUCAGAGCAGUGUUCUCCUUUACCCUACACGCCCCCUAAUAGAAGAUCUACUCCAUGGAACACGCCCCCAGGAGCUACAAGGUCAGGUUCCCCGACGACAACCUCCACGACCACAGGGUGUCCGAGAUAGAGAACGAGCUGCGUCUGAUCUAAUGUAUGUUUCCUUCAUGGAUAGAGAUAAAGAUAUGAUACCGUAUCCUAGGAUGGGAUAAACAUGUACUAACAAUUAGAUAUGGGGAUCUUUUUGUUUCUAAACAUUCAAUGCAUUUCCACAAAAAAACCUGAUGUGUUUAUUUUAUUUCAAAAUUGAUGGUUUUGAUUAGAAUGUCCAAAUUUGUACUCUGAAUAUGAAAAAGGGCAAAGCAAA